GGCGGUAUGUAUAUAAUGAAUAAAGUACCCAUCUGAAAAACACGCACAGCGCUGACAACACCGCCGUCAAGAACCAUCGUGGCAACCAUCCGGUAAACUUUUGGGAUACGUGGAAGCCUCCUAUUGGGCAGAGCAGGUAAACUUGUGGAUCACAUGACGACGAUAGUAGUAAGUUGGAGUUCACAUGCACAUGGAUAACGUCCAUUGGGUCCCACAAAAGAACCACGUAUUCACUUCCAUGUCAGAUAAAGUUCACGCUUUUUACUCGCACGUCAGCCCAAAAAGGCAAUGAUGGAUAGACAGAGAAGCGCACAAGAAGAAGAGCAGUGAUAUAAAAAGGAUUAUUCAUUGUUAUUAUUCAAUUGCAGAAGAAGAAGAAGAAGAAGAAGAGAAACCAAAGAAAUCUUGUUUUGGAUCUUGAAAAUUUGUGCAGCUGCAAUUGUGAUUUUAGGUUUCUGGUGGUCAUGAUAUGAUUGGUGGUGUCAAUAUUCAAAUUUAAAUUCAAUAAUGUGAAAAUAUAACUCACGAGGGCUGGGAAUUGUGGGGCUAUUGAUGAUCUGGAAAUAAUAAAAUGGAGAAAAUUUGUGAAUUCUGCACAGCAUUGAGACCAGUAGUUUACUGUAAAGCUGAUGGAGCAUAUCUUUGCCUUUCCUGUGAUGCAAAAGUCCAUUCAGCUAAUGCAGUCUCCAAUAAACAUCUCCGUACUCUUUUGUGUGAUUCUUGCAGAAAUCACCCAGCAUAUGCUCGGUGUUUGGAUCACCAGAUGUUCUUGUGUCGUGGCUGUGACCAGAACAUUCAUGGAGUCUCUUCCCAGCAUCAGAAACGGCUUGUUAGUAGCUUCAUGGGAUGCCCUUCUGCUAAAGAUUUUGCAGGGUUGUGGGGUUUUAAAUUGGAUGAGGUAGAUAAAAACGCUUUUCGAGAUCAGUUAUUUUCCACUCCACGUGCUUCUGUGCAACCUAAUGCAGCAACAAUUGCCAUCCACAAAGAGUCUUGCAGACAAAUUGGAAGCUCUUCAAGAACAUCUAAGAUAUCAUUGAAAGGUCAAGGACAGCAAAACAAUGGCUUUAUUCUGCUACAGAUUCUUGAUCUGAAAAAGCUUCAGCUGACUGAGAUUGAUAACAGUUCACCUCUAACAUGUGGUCUUGAAGAAACUGAUGUAUCUUCUUCAAUAUUUGAAAGCAUGGAGAAAUUUAAUGACAGUGUUGACCUUUUUCAAAAUUCUCAAGAUCCAGGUAAGGGUGACUGUCCACUUCAAGAGCUAAAUGCGGACGCUUUGCCUUCGUCAUUUUCUCAACCAGAGCAUUUACCCUUGUCUUCAACUGCUGCAAAUCCUUUGCUUGGAGAAUCCUUUUGGCAAUGCAAAAGCCCUGUUCAAAGUAACCAGUUAUGGUCUCAAAAUAUGCAAGACCUUGGAGUCUGCGAACACAUUGUUUGUCAUGAUGAUAUUAACAUACCCGAUGUUGAUUUAACAUUUCGGAACUUCGAAGAACUGUUUGGAGGUGAACAAGACCCUGUUAGGGCACCGCUUGAUGAUAAAGAUGCAUCGUGCUCCUCUCUGGAGAAGGAUAUGUCCCUUGAUACAUUGCAUAACAGAAAUGCGAGAAAGGGGACUUCUAUUGCAUCAUCUGCUUACAUUAGUCGGCCUGUUCACAUGGACAAAGAUAAAGGUCCUUCUACCCAAGUUUACACCUUACCUGGAAGUCUGCAUGCUCCUCGGACAAUUCAGCCAUCUUAUUCGGCAAUGUCAUUCUCUGUUUCAAGGCUUAGUGCUGAAAGCAGUGCCACCGAAUAUAUCGAUAGUGGAUUUUCGCCAUAUAUCAUAGGGGCUGAAGUUUCAUGUCGUUCUCCUGAAAAGGGCGCACAUUCAGGAGAUAAAGAAAAUGCAAUAAUGAGACACAAAGAAAAGAAAAUGGCCCGGAUGCAAGAAAAUCAAAUUCGUUAUGGACCUAAGAAGACAAGAAGUGAUGUAUGGAAGUGAGUAAAAGGUCAAGUAGUAAACACAGAAGACACUAUUGAUGUAACAAGAAGCUAUUGACUGGAAUAUUUAUUACCAUGGUUUUGUACAUAAAACCAAAGUGGUUCAACUGUAUGUUAAUGUUAUACUUAUUUCAAUUCAACCAAUUCUUUCAGUCCCAUAAGUCUGUAUAUAGCCCUAUAGUAGGAGAGAUUUGGCUCCCCUUUUUCAUGAAAUAUAGAGGAAUCAGGUGAUUAUGCCCUUGAUUGA